UGCUACAAUGGCUCAGGUGGUCUUCACAGUUGCGAUGCUGCUCUUGGUACUUUUCGUGGUUGCGAAAGCACAGGAUAAGUAUCCGGAUAUUUUCAGCGGACUGAACAUCAAAACGCUGCUGCUUGAUGAAGAACUUAUGCAUGUCACAUUCCGGUGUCUGUUACAAGGAGAGGAGACACUUUGCACGACAGCUACCGAAGCGUUAAGGGACAUAUUACCAGAAAUUGUAACGUCGGACUGCGCUAAGUGUACGGAAACACAGAAUGAAAUAGUGAGCGAUUUCUUCGCCACCGUAUUGCAGCUCUAUCCAGACGAGACUGAAUAUUUUUUGGAAAAAUAUGACGCAGAUAGAAAAUACCGCAGCAAGUACCGAGGGGCUUGGAGUGUGAGACGUAUCCUCACAACAGACAUAGAAGAAGAAUUUUAUAAAUAA